UCUCUCUCUCUCUCUCUCUCUCUCUCUCUGUUGAGUCGUGAAUUCCUCGCAUAGUGUUCUGUGUUGAAGGGAAUGAGAGGGAAGGAGGGGUGUAGAAGACUCAACUUUUGCCUGCAGACGGAAACGCUGUAUUUUUCAUCUCGCUAACAACGGCCUGUUUACUUCGUCUGUUAUUUACUGAUCCAUAUCUGGACGUUAUCUGGCGAUUAACAGCAUCAACGUGGGAUUAAAGUGACUCGGUUAUCGAGACGUAGAGGAAGACUGUGACAGUCCGUUAUAAGUUGUAGACAUUGUAGAAAACUUUUUUCUGCGUAAUUCUGGAUACGCGCAACGUCGUUGGCAGCUGUGCGCCACUCGAAUAGCCUACAAGACUGGUGGUGGAUAUUAAAUACAGGAGAAUAAAUACUUGUGAGUUGCUUAGAGAUGCGCUUUACUUGCUUAUCCGUUUGAGGACGUUACGAAACUGUCAGGUUCCGUUAGGCUUUUUUGCGACAAUAACGCAAAAUGCUUUAUAAUUAAUACGUGUUUUGAAACCUUUUAAUGCGUGUUUUUUCAGUCUCGACCAUGAAACAAUCUGAGUGUCUUUCCUCUGCCUAAAUGUUUUUGGAGUUGGUCGGAAGGAAAAAUCUUCCCCACACAGAAUGCUGGACUGAGGGCGCAGUAAGAUGGCAUCGGCUGUUUUUGAGGGCACGUCCCUGGUCAACAUGUUCGUGAAGGAUUGUUGGGUUAACGGGAUCCGCAGGCUCAUGAUAAGAGGAGAAGAAGAGGAGUUCUUCGAAAUAAGGACCGAAUGGUCGGACAGAAAUGUCCUUUACCUCCACAGGAGCUAUUCAGAUUUGGGAAGACUUUUAAAAAGACUUUUAGAGUGUUUCCCCGAGGACAGACGCGAUUUAUCCAAGUCUCCUCUUAUAGAAGGGCUUGUGAAGAUCAAAGAAGCGAGAGACAUUGAGACCAAGCUAAAUGAAGUGGAGAGGCUGUUGAAGAACGCCAUUAACAUGCCCUGGAAGUUUUCUAGGUCAGAGGUUGUUUUGACAUUUUUUGAACGUUCGCCGCUUGAUCAGGUCCUAAGAAAUGACAACGUUCACAAGAUUCAGCCGUGCUUUCAGAGUCUCGUAAACAUUUCAGAGACCAUUGUGUUUGAUGAGAGCGUUCCCCUGGACAAAGAGAGACCUUCCUCCACUGACUCAGCCCAGCAUUCGUAUGAUGAGGACGGAAGAGAAUCUCUGGAUCCUGUGGACCAAGACCUGAGCGAUGAUGAUCCAGAAGCCUACGUCACCAACCUGUCUUACUAUCACCUUGUUCCCUUUGAAACAGACAUCCUGGAGUGACUGUACUUACAGGAGGUGUACAGAAAUUCCACAUGUAUGCAGAUGCCCUGUUUAGACGCUUAUGCUGCAGCAGUCUUUAUCAUGACAGGAUGGCCAAAUGCAGAGAUAACCACUUCAACAACUUCCUGGCUGCUUCUAUUCUGAUUGGCUGGCCUGAGCCCACAGUGAUACUGUAAUCACCCACGUGCCUCAAUGUUUAACACAGUCAUGCUGCUGAUCAAAAAACAUAAUAGGAACAAGCAGAAAAUAUAAGGAAGAAUGGUGCUAUUCUUGGUGUACAGAUUUGAGAAGAGCCUUUUUUUUGGAAGUCUGGGCUGCAUUGACUGUUUUAGGAAUUCAUCUUGCUGUUUUUUCGAGGACUGAUUCCAGGAAAACAUGCUUAAAAAUUUUCUGACAAUCUGGUGAUGGAGAUGGAUGUUCUUUUUUCAAAUGCUCAUUGCAAAAGAAGACUAUUGCAAUUGUAAUGAAACGUAUCAGAACUUAUAAUGUGGAUUGACACAGGCACAGAUGUUUUUGAGCAGAGGUCUCUUUCACAAUAGGCAUUUAAAGAGGCACAUCCCAAUCUUCAGGAGAUCAAUACGUUUUUCAGUGACCGUUAUUAAACUUUGCAUUAAAACCCUCAGAUCUUAAAUUUUGGAUUCUCCAUUGUUUUCUGGUCAGAUUUGUUCUGUUGAACUGUACGAAUUACUUUUCAUAUUAAAAUGCAAAUCACAAUCCACUGUUGUACUAAUCAUAACAACCAUUUCUGCAAAACAUGUGAAUUUGCAAAAUUAAAAUCUUUCCAGCUUUGUGGGUUUAGCUCAAAGCUGUAGCUUGAAUCACUCAGACAAGGAGAAAGUGUUGUUUGGAAGGCAUCCAAAGGUCUCUCUUCACUAUGCAACAGCUCCAUCUCACUGAGGGGAGGGGGGGUGCAGUCCUGAGCGAGCCCCCCGGGGUUAGCUCGCCACUCAAACAAGCAGCAUCUUUAUUCUAAGAAAACAAAUGCCCAUUUUGUAGAACCAAGCACAACUUGUGUCUGUGUAUUUUUUUAAAUUCAUGUUGACUUAUCUAUGUACCAAAGUGUUCAUGAAGGUGUGAUCUUGUUUACUUGUGACUGCCACUGACAGUGAACAUUGCAUGGCACGUGCUAAAUUAUGUAUAUAUAUUUUUUCUGACGUCUCAUAAAUGCCAGCCAUGAGA